UGAACCGGCAACUAUCGAUAGUCGAAAUGUAAUCGAUUAGCGGAGAAACAUAUCGUGGCCCUGAUGUUUCCUGCCAUCGAUGUUUCUACCUUCACUUUCGUUUCCGGCGUGGUGCAAAUUUUACAUCAUGGACAAUUCUGGAAAUAACCGCUACGAGCUGUUGUUCAUGGACGACGAUGACUCCUCUGGGCUCGAACAGCCACAGAUUGCCGCUGUAGUCGCGGCGCCCAAGAAGCCGGAACCGGCAAAGGCGCCAAAGGUGCCAAAGAGCAAGUCGGAGAAGGAGAACAAGCCAGUUGUGGCUGGCCGCAAGGCCAACACUCCGGUGGCCAAAAACGCUAGUCCAGUGAAAGGCGGCAAGGGUCCCGCUGGCGGGGAUGUGGGUCGUCCCAAGAACCCAACCGCAAACGGUGCCAACAACCAGGGCAGGUUCAACAACAACCAACGCUACGGAAACAAGGAGUCGAUCGGAGAAUUCGGAAACGAGUUGCCGCAGCGUCAAUUCAACAAUCGUGACAACAGGGGACCACCACGCGUCCGUUCCGGCGAGAAGUUCGGAAAGCGCGAGUUCGAUCGCCAGUCGGGAUCCGAUAAAACUGGCGUCAAGUCAAUUGACAAGCGCGAAGGCGUUGGUGCCCACAACUGGGGCUCCCCGAAGCAGGACAUUGAAGACUUAAAGACGACCGGGGAGACCUCACCGCAGGCGGAAAAGAAGGACUCGGCCAACGAACAGUCGGCUGAUCCCGCGGUCGCCGCCGAAGAGGAUGAGUCCAAGCAGAUGACCCUUGACGAGUGGAAGGCUUUGAGAGACCAGCGUGCCAAGCCCAACUACAAUUUGCGCAAAGCGGGCGAGGGAGCCGCCGACAAUGCCGAGUGGAAGAAGAUGAUCGUGCUGAGCAAGAAGAAGGAGAGCAACAGCGAAGACGAGUUGGAGUAUGAUCCAUCGCUGUAUCCUCAGCGCGUGGGCCGGCUUCAGCGCAUCGUGGACAUCCAAUUCAACUUCAAUGAUGGCCGCAAGGGCGGUUUCCGCAAGGGAACUCGCCGCGGAGCCGGUCCUUGCGAGGGUGGCUUCCGCAAUGACGGACCUCGCGGAGAAGGUGGCUAUCGCAAUGAUGGACC